AAUCUCUGGGAUUUUCGCUAACUUCAAAGCGCGUUACUCGCGUAUAUAACCUGGUAUAACCAACCGUGUGUGUAUAGUCGGUUCUUAUUCUUGUUCUUCCGGCGAUUAAAUUUUGCAAAAAUUUACCACAAAUGUUUGCCACGCACGCAUUAAAAUCUCGCAUUCUAUUCGUAUCCACGCAAUCUUUUCUACUUUUCAGAAAUAAAAUUCUGGAAUCCAAAACUGUAGUGAUCAGUAUGUCAACCCACAAACGUGUAGAAAAGCGAUACGACAAUAUAAUAAAAUCACAAAAUGAUGAUAGAUUGUACAGAGGCUUAGAACUUGCUAAUAAAAUGAAAGUGCUUUUAAUAAGCGAUUCAACAACUGAUAAGAGUGCUGUUGCACUAGAUGUUAAUAUAGGCUACAUGUGCGAUCCAGAUGAUCUGCCUGGAUUAGCACACUUUUGCGAACAUAUGUUAUUUUUGGGAACAGAGAAAUAUCCUCAGCAGAAUGAUUACAACAUGUAUUUGUCGCAGAAUGGUGGCGCGAGUAAUGCGGCGACACAUUUAGAUCACACCACCUAUUACUUUGAUGUAACUCCGAAAAAAUUAAGAGGGGCGUUAAACCGUUUCGCCCAAUUUUUCUUAACGCCUCUUUUCACGGAGACUUUGACUGAAUUGGAGCUGAACGCCAUAAAUUCGGAACACGAGAAAAAUUUGGCAAAUGACAAUUGGCGAUUUGAUCAAUUGGACAAAUCAUCUGCAAGUUCUGAUCACCCGUUUUCAAAAUUCGGCACAGGCAAUAAAGAGACAUUAGACAUAAUACCGAAGCAAAAAGGCAUCAAUAUUAGAGAUAGACUACUCGAGUUUCAUGAAAAGUAUUAUUCUGCAAAUAUUAUGUCACUGUGCAUACUUGGCAAAGAGAGCUUAGAUGAACUUGAAAACAUGGUAGUAGAUCUCUUUUCUGAGGUGCGAAAUAAAGAAGUUGAAGUUCCAGUAUGGCCUGAACAUCCAUUUAAGGAUGAACACUUUCGCACUAAGUGGUACAUUGUUCCAAUAAAAGAUAUGAGGAACGUUAUAUGUCUCUUAUAACUUGCAGCCUUAAUUUUCAUGCCUGCACAUUAUAUUUCUCAUCUGCUUGGACACGAAGGAGAAGGCUCAUUAUUAUCAGCUUUGAAGGCCAAAGGUUGGUGUAACUCCUUGGUAUCUGGAAAACGAUCAGGCGCCAGAGGCUUCAAUUUUUUCAGUGUUGUUGUCGAUCUAACCGAGGAAGGAAUUAAGCAUGUUAACAAUAUUGUUACACUGAUGUUUCAGUAUAUCAGUAUGCUUAAGAAAAAGGGCCCAAUUGAAUGGAUCUACAAUGAAUAUAGAGAUAUCGCGAAUAUGAAUUUUCGUUUUAAAGAAAAGUCUUCGCCUCGUAAUUAUGUGAAUUCUAUAGUACAAGCCCUGCAGGAAUAUCCUAUGGAUGAAGUUUUGUGCGCGGAACGUACUUUUCCCGAAUGGCGACCAGACAUUAUCAAUCAAAUAACAGAGUACUUGACGCCGCAAAAUAUCAGAGUUCACGUGGUCGGAAAAGUGUACGAAAAUAUAGCUAAUGAGACCGAAAGCUGGUAUGGCACUAAAUACAAAAAAGAGAAGAUACCAACGGACAUAAUUAGCAUGUGGGAGAACGUUAACGAUAAUGCGGAUUUACAAUUACCCCCCAAGAACGAAUUUAUAGCGACUAAGUUUGAUAUCAAGCCGCAUGAAGCUAAUGUAGAAAAAUUUCCUACAAUUAUAGAGGAUACGCCGUUUAUAAGACUUUGGUAUAAAAAAGAUGAUGAAUUUCUUGUACCAAGAGCUAGGAUGAUCUUCGAUUUUGUCAGUCCACUCGCAUAUUUGGAUCCUAUUAGUUGCAAUUUAAGUAAUAUGUUCGUCCAAUUAUUUCGUGACUCUCUCAAUGAAUAUGCAUAUGCUGCGGAUUUAGCUGGUUUACAAUGGGAACUUAGUAAUAGCAAAUACGGAAUAACACUUGCUAUAGGUGGUUACGAUGAUAAGCAACGCGUAUUGUUAGAAAAAAUCAUGGACAGAAUGAUAAACUUUAAGAUUGAUUCAAAAAGAUUCGAAAUUCUAAAGGAGAAUUAUAUCAGGAACUUGAAAAAUUUCGUGGCUGAACAACCAUAUCAACAUGCAGUCUAUUAUCUCGCAGUUUUAUUAGCAGAGCAAGUCUGGGUCAAGGAUGAAUUAUUGGAAGCAACUGCUUAUCUAACUGUUGAUAGACUCCAACAGUUUAUACCCCAACUUCUCAGUAAAGUGCACGUAGAAUGUUUGAUACAUGGUAAUGUGACUAUAACAGAGGCUACAGAUACAGUUAGAUUAAUCGAAUCCAAAUUGACAAAUUCAGUGCCUCACAUAACGCCAUUAUUGCAUAGACAACUAACAUUGUAUCGUGAAAUUAGACUAGAAGAUGGUUGCCAUUUUGUAUUUGAAGCAGAAAAUAAAUUGCAUAAAAGCUCAUGUACAGAGGUAUAUUAUCAAACUGGUUUGCAAUCAACAGAGUCAAACAUGCUCUUAGAGCUUCUAGCACAAAUUAUUUCGGAACCUUGUUUCAAUAUUUUAAGAACUAAGGAACAAUUGGGCUACAUUGUAUUUAGCGGUGUGCGUAGAACGAAUGGAGCGCAAGGCUUGCGAGUCAUAGUUCAAAGUGACAAACAUCCGCAAUAUGUUGAAAAACGAAUCGAUUUAUUUAUGGAUUCUAUGUUGGAACACAUAUCUACAAUGUCAGAAGAGCAAUUUGAGAAAUAUAAAAAAGCCUUGGCUACGUUACGUCUUGAGAAACCAAAAAUGUUGAGUUCUCUAUGCGUUAUAUUCUGGAAUGAGAUUUCAAACCAACAAUACAACUUUGAUCGAGCAAAUAUCGAAGUAGCUUAUUUGAAGACUAUAACACGGCAGCAAAUACUUAAUUUUUAUAAGGAAAUUAUAUAUAGUGAAGCACGACAUAAAUUGUCAGUACACGUGAUAUCUAUGGUAACAGAUGGCAUAUCAAUCGAAGAAAGUAUAUCUGAUUCAAAUAACAAAAUUGAAAAAGUUAUCGACAUACCAGCCAAUCAAGAAGUUAAGAAAAUUGAUGAUAUUUUAUCCUUUAAAAUUAGUCAAUCUCUAUAUCCUCUAUCAAAACCAUUCAAGGAAUUUCCCAGGAAAGGUGUACGUUCUUCUAAAUUAUAAAUAAAUGAUAUAUAAGAUAAUUUUAAUAUAAAUUAAAUAGAUGAAUUUGUUUAAUGCAUAAUACUUUUAAUUGAUUGAAUAUUAUAUUGAUUUAAUUGAUUGAAUUUUAUAUUGAUUAAGAAACAAAUCAAUGCAAAUUUUAAUCAAAUUAAUAAAUCAGUUAUUAGUGCAUAGUAAUAUUUAUAUCUUUAGCUUGCUGAAUUUAUGUAUAAUUAUAUUUAUAUAUAAAACAACGCAUAAAUACUUAUAUAUGUAAAUACAAUUUCAAAUACAAUUUUAAAUACAAUUAUUAAAAAUUUAUCUUAUCAAUGUUAAUUAUGUCAUUGAGAUUUUGUAGAUUAAAUACACGUAAUAAAAACAUGUUCAAAAAUUGCACUACAAAACUAAAAAA